UUUAUUGGUAACAUUCCUGUGGUGGUUUUUUGUUUUUAUUUUAAUUUACAAGUUCACAGAGAGUGGUCAGAGAUAGUCCACAAUUUAUCUCUUAUCUAGUCAAAUGUGAUACGACCAUAUUUAAUACGGUUCUUUCGUGCAUGUUAAAUAAACAUAAAAGUAAAAGCAACCAGCUCGGCAUCCAAUCGGCUAGUUUAUUAUUUAAAAAAGAAAAAGAAAAAUUCGACAACAUGAUGCUGAUGCGAGCAAUGAUAAGAGCUAAUACACUACCUGCAUGUGUAAAUAGAAAUUUAACAAAAAAUCUGAAUACAAAGGCUGAUGCAGCAAUUUGCAGUGAAAGUAAACCAAAAACAUUUCAAGAUAGUAGCCAACAAAUUGAAUCUGAACAUCCAAAAGUAUCAACUGAAAGCAGAACAAAGCAACACACAUCACCUUUAACUGACACAUUCGGUCGCUAUCACACAUAUUUGCGUAUUUCAUUAACUGAACGCUGCAAUUUGAGAUGCAAUUAUUGUAUGCCAUCCGAAGGUGUUCCACUGACUGAAAAACCGAAACUACUUACCAACGACGAAAUUUAUCAUUUGGCAAAGAUUUUCGUUCAGCAAGGCGUUCGAAAGAUUCGAUUGACUGGUGGCGAACCAACUGUACGGAAAGACAUUGUCGAUAUAAUAGCGAAUUUGAAAAAGCUAUCCGAUCAAGGGCUUGAACAAAUUGGAAUCACAACGAACGGAAUUAUGUUGACAAGACUGUUGGUACCGAUGCAACGGGCAGGAUUGGAUGCCAUCAAUAUUAGUUUGGAUACGCUCAACGCUUCUAAAUAUGAAAAGAUUACCAGACGAAAGGGCAUGGAACGAGCUAUAGCUGGAAUCGAUCUAGCUGCACAGUUGGGCUACAAACCGAAAGUGAAUUGUGUUGUGAUGAAAGGUUUCAAUGACAACGAAAUUUGUGAUUUUGUUGAAAUGACCAGAGAUAAGCCGAUUGAUAUCAGAUUUAUUGAAUACAUGCCUUUUAGUGGCAACAAAUGGGAAACCGAGAAAAUGGUAUCGUAUAGAGACAUGUUGUCGAUAAUUAAAGGUAAAUUUGACAAUUUCGUCGAUUUGCCGAACGGCCCAAAUGAUACUUCGAAAGCCUGGCACGUACCUGGCUACGCCGGUCAGAUCGGUUUCAUAACGUCUAUGACCGAACACUUUUGCGGAUCUUGUAAUCGUUUGCGCAUUACCGCUGAUGGAAAUUUAAAAGUCUGUCUGUUCGGUAACACAGAGGUGUCACUGAGAGAUGCACUAAGAAGUGAUUGUUCUGAAGAUGACUUAACUGCACUGAUUUCGGCAGCUGUGAAGCGUAAAAAGAAGCAGCAUGCAGGCAUGCUGAACUUGUCUCAUAUGGAAAAUCGUCCAAUGAUACUUAUCGGUGGAUAGCAUUUUAUGCUGUCGUCCUUGUAAGGCACAAUCAAUUCAGCGACCAGUUCCUUCAAAAAAGCCACUCUACUGAACAUGACCAACAGCAUUCUCUCUUCAGUUGCUCCAUUUCCAAACACUCCCUUUCGAAUGAUGUCGUCAUCUCCAAAGUUUACUCACGUCGAUAGCGAUGGGAAAGCUCAUAUGGUCGAUGUUGGCGACAAAAGCUCAACGUCCAGAAUUGCUAUCGCCAGUGCUCGUGUCUAUGUCGGCCGAAAAAUUGCUGAACUCAUCCGAGCCAAUUCCAUCGCCAAAGGUGAUGUACUAUCGAUAUCUCAAAUAGCCGGAAUAAUGGCAGCUAAACGAACAUCGGAAAUCAUUCCGCUAUGUCACAACAUUCCCUUGUCGUCAGUUAAUGUGAAGACUGAAUUAGAUUUAGAUAAACAUACGGUUAACAUUCAGUCGACUGUUAAAUGUGAAGGAAAGACUGGUGUUGAAAUGGAAGCUCUAUUGUGCUGCACUACGGCAGCACUAACCGUUUACGAUAUGUGUAAGGCAUUGUCUCAAGACAUUGUCAUCGGUGAUGUGAUGCUAAUGCAUAAAUUUGGCGGAAAAACUACUUACAAUCGUACGAUGGAUAAAAUUGAUGAGCCGAUCGUUUUGAAAAAGUACGAGACGAAACCCAUCGACCCCAUGGAAACAUUUGUACCGACACAUAUUUAAGCCAAGCUUCGUAAUUUCGUUUCAAUUUUUUUUUUGAUUCUGUACAUUGAAUUACAUUGUGCCUUUACUAAAAAGAACAAAAAAUUUUAAAUUUAAAUAUUGUAACUGUUUGUAACGAUGGAAUGCACAUAUCCACACAGUUUGUGAUUGCAAAUUAUAUUCCAAGUUUUAUUCAUUUAUCGUUAAGCAUUUUAUUACAAAUAAAAUAUAUUUUUACACACAUUU